AUGCUGGAUCAUCUCGAGUCUUUCCGAACAAGAUUCUUGGACUUGGAAGGAGGCGUCCAGUUCGAGGGAAGUGAUUCGGUUUACGACAGCUUACAUGCCCAACACUGGGCUAUCAUCCAUCAAGACUAUCUAUUGGGAGCCGAGUCAUUUGAUAAGGUUCUAGAGCUGUUGACGAGUGCGAUAGAUAUCCGUGGGAUGAUCCAAUCGACCGGGCAAGCCGAUCCGAGCCAUAGUAUCGAGACCGAUCCCGAGGAGAGUGAGGCCGGAGGAGAUGGAUCGAUGGUUGAUGAAGUAGCUAGGUUUGCGAUCACGCUGGUGAAAUUAGGAAGACUGCUGUUGAGGAAGACAGCUGAAGCGAUUCGGAAGGAACUACUACUACUUGGGAUGGACGCAGAGAUCAAUUCAAAAGGAUUACUAGAGCGGUUACACCAGGCCCCCGGAUGGAUCGUUGGGCCUCUUGAGUAUCUUGCCCGGAUCCUGAAAACACCCCAUGAAGCAGGUCGAUCAUUGCUUUGA